AAAAUUCUUAACUUAUUGCUUCUCCCUUACUUGACCAUUUUCUUCCCUCCUUUUCGGACCUCUGUUCACAUUCUCAAAAUUUAUAGACAUUUGUAUGCUCAAAACCCUAAGGUAACUCAGACAGAACCUUAGAGUGCAAGCAAAAACCAAGAGAAGAAGAAACCCAUGAAGUUUGCAGUGAAGGCAUGGAGCAAUGGAAGAGCAAGGACUGGGUUACUCCACCUCGGCAACUAUCCCAACCCCAUUGAAACCCCUGCUCUCCUCCUCCCUACGCGUAAAGGAUUGCCCUAUUUCAUCUCCCCUGACCUCCUUCCGUCUCUUCCUUCCCCUGAUUCCCAUCUCCUGCAAGUUUGUCCUCUUCACUUUCUGGAGGGGCUUUCUCCGAAAACAAUAUCAAAAGUAGGAGGAUUGCACCAAAUGGUUGGCUUGCCUGAAUAUGGAUUUGCUGCAGUUGCAAGGGAUUCUGUUCAAUGUCUUCCAGAAUGUAAUAGUACAAAUAAAGUUGGAGCAUCUUUUGAGACCCCUUGUGGUCGCCUUUUGAUUAAACCUGCAGACUACGUAGAAAUGAUCAGUUCCAUGAAACCUAACAUAUGGGCCACUUUGGCUGAUGAAGUUCCUGCAUGGGUAUCAGAUAAGAGGAACAAAACGUCAGUGGAUAGGACUGUGAGAUGGCUUGAUGAAUGCAUUGCAUUAAGCUCGGCAGGUGGAGCGGUUUUUGGUUCAAUUGUUGGGGGCCCAAGUGUUGAAGAACGUGAAAGAUGCACACAAGAGGUAGCCAGGAGAAAUGUUUCAGGUUAUUGGAUUGGUGGUUUUGGACUUGGAGAGAGCAUGGAUGAACGCCCUGCUCUUCUUAAUGCUGUAACCGCUAUUUUACAAGAGGAGAAGCCACGCUUGGUCUGUGGGCUCGGACUUCCUGAGGAGGUCUUGCAGGGUGUUGCUGCCGGCAUUGAUCUUUUUGACUCUGAGUAUAUAUAUCAUCUUACCCUCGAAGGUUUUGCACUUACAUUUCCACUUGGUGGAGUUGGGGUUAAUGUUUUUAGUUUUGACCCCAACAACUUAGGAAGUGACAGGUCAAAGAUUAAUUUGAGGGCAACAAUUUACAGGAAAGAUACAUCACCGGUAGUGGAAAAUUGUAGCUGCUAUACUUGCCAGAAUCAUACAAAAGCAUACAUUAAUCACCUGCUUAAUGUUCAUGAAAUGCUGGCUCAGAUUCUGCUUGAAAUACACAAUACUCACCACUAUUUGAAGUUCUUCAGCUCAAUAAGAGAAGCAAUUAAAGCUGGUGAAUUUGAGCAAUUUCGAAAGAGAUUCAUCGAGAGUAGGCGUGAUCAUCUUGCUGUAGCUGCAGUUUGCGUGUGAGUUUAUUACUCAUUUUCUCAAAAAAUGUAAUUUUAAAAAGAUGAUUAGGCAGGGAGUUGGAAUUGCACUGAAAUUAUUUAUGAUUUUCAGAGAACCAUUUUAAUUGAUGUUCUAAAUAUUUCUUCUUA